AUGUCUGCUACGAUUUUGACGAAGAGCUCUAUGUUGAUAUUUGUUGUAUAUACGUGCAUCCGUGGGACGCAUGAGCUGGACAGGUGGAGUGCAGGUUCGGCCAAUUUCAUUCCUUCUGAGAUACCCUGGGAGCAGUCAUCGGAGUGUAGUGGUGUAUGGAUCGCAUGGGAUGUGUAUAUGGGAGGCUUCAGAGGUGUUUGA